CCCGAUUCGCUCUAAUAUAUGAACCAACCAAAGGACACAGCAGCUGAGUCGGACCCAUGGAGGCGUUAGCGGAUCUAGAGAAAGUCCAAACCCGGAUCCUCCAACGAGUAACAAACCUCGAACUCUCUCUCCUGCACGGCCACUUGUCCAGCUCCCCUUCUCUCUCCCCUGCUUCCGAAGACGCCAGCUCCGCCGUCGCCACCGCCACCGAAGCCCGACUCUCCGCCAUCCUUCGCUCUAACGGCGUUAAUGACUUCAUUUUCAAACGCGUUUCCUCCGAUUAUUACUACGAUUGGACCUUCGACGCCCGCCGCGACGUCCUUGGCGCCGCUUCUAUUCACCAUCUCUGCAAAAGCAUUGUCUUGGUAAACACUCAAGCCCCAUCAAAUGUGACCGACUGUAGUGAUCGCAACUAUUCAAAGUAUUAUGUUGUUGUUGUGCAGUAUACUGCUCGGUUUAGUGCUGAGGCUGUGAAGAAUUUUCUAUAUGCACUCAACAAUGGUCAGAUAGCCAAAAAGAAAUUUAAUAUGAGACUUGCUCCUGAGGAGACAUCAGUCAAGUUGACUGGUUAUGAACACAAUGCCGUGACAUGUAUUGGCAUGAAAACAGACAUCCCGGUGAUUUUGGAUGAAGCAAUUGUAAAGCUCAAUCCUGAUUUCUUCUGGUUGGGUGGCGGUGAGGUUGAUCUAAAACUUGGAGCGAGAACCACUGAAUUCAUCAAGUUUGUGAAGCCAUUUAUCGUGAACUGUAGCAGUACUUAAAUUGUUUUACUUGCUAAAUUCUUCUACUUGGCUAAAGGUAGCUUUUUGCUGGGACAUUUCUCAAGUUGAUAUCCGUACCCUUGCCCAUGCUGACAUCAUGGACUGCUGCUCUUGUUCAGUUUUCAGGUGCUUGAUGUCAGAAACCUGUUUGCUUCAUGUAUCUCAUUCAUCUUAUUUAAGAAUAAUGACCAGAAGUAAGCUUGGGUUUUCUUUACCUCAUUGCGAUGGGCACUAGGCCUGUCACUAUUGUCUCUCUCUUUGUACUUGUUGGAGUUGAUUUCUUGUCCGUCAAAAGAACAUGAGUUGCGGUGUAAAUUUUGCGUAGACCACAUUGUCGGUCAAAUAACAAUUAGGCUCGCAAGCAAACUUGGCAAUGGCGCCUAGAAUUAGCACGACCUUCUUCCAUGUAACUGGUGAAAUUGGGCAUCAAAUCAAGCUAUUAACAUGCAGUUUCAGUCA